UGAUUGUCAAAAGUGGGUGAACAAGAAGAAACGCGGAACUCCGGUGUUGACAGUGUGACGCUGCUGGACAGGGGCGCAGCUUUACGGCGUUUUACGAUCAGACUUCAUCAACAUCACCGCGGCCCGAAAUGUCCCCGCGCUACCUCAACAAAGUCGUUAUAGUCACCGGAGGAUCCAGAGGGAUUGGCAGAGGGGUCGUCAAAGUGUUCGUGGAGAAUGGUGCAAAAGUGGUGUUUUGUGCACUAGGCGGUUCAGCUGGUGAGGCUCUAGAGGCGGAGCUAAACAAAGCAGGGCCAGGCUCCUGCACAUUUGUCACAUGUGACAUCUCCAAAGAAGAUGAGAUCAAGAGACUGAUUGCGGUCACAGUGGAGCGCUAUGGACACAUCGACUGCCUGGUCAACAAUGCUGGGUGGCACCCACCUCAUAAACCUACUGAUGACACCACAGCAGAGGAGUUUAGAGAUCUGCUCAAUCUGAACCUCAUCAGCUACUUCUUGGCUUCUAAAUAUGCGUUGCCGUACCUGCGACAGCGACAGGGUAACAUCAUAAAUGUUUCCAGUCUGGUGGGCACCAUCGGGCAGAAAGAUGCUGCACCGUAUGUCGCCACCAAGGGGGCAAUAAUCUCCAUGACAAAGGCAAUGGCUGUGGACGAGAGUCGCUACAAUGUGAGAGUCAACUGCAUCUCUCCAGGUAACGUGCUGACGCCUCUGUGGGAAGAAUUAGCAGGACAGACUCCGGACGCGGCAGCCUCCAUUAAAACGGGAGAAAAUGCUCAGCUGAUAGGUCGCAUGGGGACUGAGGCUGAGUGUGGACUGGCUGCCCUGUAUCUCGCUGCUGAUGCAACCUUCUGCACUGGGAUAGACCUGCUGCUCAGUGGAGGAGCUGAACUCAACUAUGGCUUCAAGAGUCAGAUCCCGUCGUGACCCUCUGUUCUCUACAGUCUCUUUAUGGCUGUGGAACAGCUGGUUAAGCAGAUGGAUUUAAUGCAGAUUAUACACAUGUAUGUUUGAGUGUGCUGGUUACAUUACUAUGAUGACUACUAAAUUGUUUUAAUAAAAGGG